AUGGGCGACGAGAUGGCGAGCAGCCUGUCCGAGGCCACCGCCGCCGAGGAGAAGUCCGUCUCGAUCUACGACGAGCUCAUGGCCGCGAAGACCCAGGAGGUAAACGCCCUCACCAAGCAGAUCGAGGAGAAGAUCCAGCUUGCUGGCGAGCUCGCUGUCUCCGUCGCGCAGAUGGCGAACGACCUGGAAGACACCUCGGAGGCCCUCGCAGGGGACAAGAAGUUCCUGGCAGAGCUGGAGAAGAGCUGCUCCACGAAGACGGCAGAGUGGGAGGAGCGCUCCAAGGUCCGGCAGGCAGAGCUGCUGGCGCUGGCGGAAACCAUCAAGAUUCUCAACGAUGAUGACGCCCUCGAGCUAUCAUAG